AUGAGAUUCCACUAUCGAGUACUGCUCAACUUGGUCUGCUGUCUCUUCUGUGCCCUGCUUCGCGAGCAGAUCAGCUCGCAAAGUGUGGGCGGUCAACAGGAGUUUCAAGAGGAGGGAGCUAUAGCAAAGGCUUCGUCGGCUGCCAACUUUGCAAGUUCAGGUGAAGGGGAUGGACAGAAACAGCAGCAUCAGCAACAGCUGAAUCUUCAGAUACAGGAGAUGGUCUUCAGUGAAGCACGGCUGCCGGCGAUGGUCAAUCCCGCCUGCAUCACCGAGGGGCCCUGUUCCGAGCUGAAACCCGACUGCCUCAAGUGCCACUUCAAUUACUCCUGUCCCUAUGGGGCGAUGGUGAACACCACCUGCGAGCCCCUCCCGGAUGCUACCUGUCAGGGCAAGAGGGAAAAGUUCACGAUGACCCACCUCUGCGCCUUCUGCUACCAGCUGCCGGUGGAGCAGUACAACUGCUCACUGCGCAGUCAGUGUGCAUUUCACAGCCGCUACCCGACCACUUGCGUCGUCGGCGAGAACGUCCUCUGCAUGGGCCGGCGCAGCUUCAACAAAAACAUUCGCUGUGAACUCGUCUCUGGGUACAAGUGGUCGACGGCGCUGCUCUUGAGCGUAACUGUGGGCGGCUUCGGCGUGGACCGCUUCUACCUGGGCAACUGGCAGGAGGGCAUCGGCAAGCUGUUCAGCUUCGGCGGUCUAGGCAUCUGGACGCUCAUUGACGUCAUCCUCAUCGCCACCGGCUACCUGAAGCCCAGCGACGGUUCCAUCUACGUCUAUUAG